GUUGUGCUGAGUCACAUGUAAUUAAUGCACACACACACUUAAAAUCAAAUAGGAAUAGAAUAUGAAUACAUAGCUAUAACUGAUAAACCGCUAACAUUACCAAUGUAAUAAAAAUUGCCAGGCUUAAUAACUCAUGAAUAAUUCAAUUUCAAUAAAUGAAAUUGGAAUUGUAGUUAUAAUCAGUAAGAGCUGCAGCUAUACCUCGGAAUGGUAUGAAUGAGGUGAACUCACAGUUUUGUUGUAACAUAUUCUAAGUAUGUGGGGCAGUAUAUCAUAAAGCAGAUCAAAAAUAUUAACCUCACAGUGUUGCUCAAGGGAUCGCCAGUCAGUCGGCAUCAUCCUCUGGGGACCAUGAAUAAUCUUCAUAGAGAGGUUGGCACAUCUAGAGCUGCAUCACAGUGGUGCAAUGACCAACCAACAUGGCCAACACUAGACAGGCUUGUAGGACUAAAAUAAGGUUAAGCACUUUAAAUUACUAAAUACAUUCAUAUAAAUGCUACCUAAACAUGGGUUAAUGCUGUAGUGUACAUUUCAACUAAUGGCAUUGUCUUCCUGUUGUUCCUCUCUUGUCAUCUUUCUGUUAUUGGGUUGAAGUCAGUGGGUUUUUGGCUUGCAGACUGGCCAACAGAUGCUGAUUUGUGAAACCUGAGAAAGCACAGCGAGACUCCUGAAAGCCUCCCCGUUCUCUGCCAUAUUUUCCCUCCACAAGCCCACUUUGUGCUGCUGUGGGAACAGAGCGGAGGCAAAUCAAGUGACCAAAAUUUCUUGGUCUCGGAUCCAUCUGUCGAAGGGAGGCGAACGCAACUGGACCGUGUUCACACUUGACAAACCGCUGACUAAUCCGGGCCAAUUACGAGACAAGCACAUUAAAGCUGGGCAACAGAGAUAGAAGUCAAAUCCCUCAUUUGUGAAACCGCGUGUGUUUAAUGAACAAUGCCAUUAUCAUCAGCGCUGUUGAUCACACAAUGAAAAUCCAUUCUGCGGAGGUUGCACGGCCGACUUUAAGGGAGAGUUUCUCGCUAUGGCACAAACAGAUUCAUUAUUUGAAUGGUAAUUUUCCCCCCGUUGGUGCAAUUAAUGAAUCAGACUUUUCAUCGUCACAGCUCAGUGGGACCGAACAGGUCGGGUUAUUAAAAAGUCAUUGCUGCUUCACUUGGUGAUCUCGGGCCAAGGACUAAAUUAGAUUGGUAAUGUAUGAUUGCCCUCAAUUGGUGGUUAUAUUCAAAGUUUAUGUUAAUGGAGAAGCAGCAUGACUCUGUUCUUUCCAGUAAAAGCUAAUAUCAUGAAACACUGCUGUUCUGUUAUUUAAUAACAGAUAUUCUUAUUGUAGCUAUUAUUGCAUUUGAAACCACCAACAGUCUCCUCAUCUGCUGUAAUAGUACCAUGAAGGGUAUUUUCUCUUUGGUCUCAUGUCUCUGCUGUUGACAGGGGAUAAAGCAGCGUAAUAGCUGUUUGAAUUGAUCCCCACAAAAUGACACCACAUCUUGGCACAUGAGGCAUUGUCCUUGUCCCACGAAGACGGUUUGCCUUUGGAGCAGGAAGUGACUGUGAGUGGUGGAUUUCACUUCCUUUCGGCAUUAAUCAGCAGAGGGGGGAUUUAUUUUAACAUCCUCAGUCCUGUGUGUGCCGUGUCCUGUCUCGCCAGGGAAAAUAGGAAUAUUGCUUCUGGGAAAGAAGGGAAAAGAGGAAGGAAAAUUGCUUUGAUGCUCUCAAAUUUUGCCUGUGUUAGCCACUGUCUCCUUUUUAUUCCUUUCUCUUCAUAACAUGACGCCAAAUGAGAUCCAGCGAGAUUUUAUCUCUGAAUCUGUUUAAAAUGACAAAUCAGUAAGACCUAUACCUGCUCAUUCAUAUUCCUCUGUUCUGUCUCCUUCUCCCUCGUCAACCUCUCUAACUAUUUCUUUCCCUCUAACUCAAAUCACAGGCAUCUUUUUCCCUGGAAUUCAUUUCAGCCUUGAUGGAUAUACUAAGCAGCGACGGCUUUUGAUUUAGGCCUCUGAUGCUGUCUGCCUCUCCUAACAUCCACUUUGGGUGCAACGCUCCAUCACAUUGAUUUCUCUGAAGAUGAAACUCUGAUUGAACAGACCUCUCCUGAUGGCCGAGGGCCCCCAUGUGUGUCAUGUGCUGUUGUAGCAUGCGAAGGAGGACGCCGACGCACCCAAACCGGCCAACAAUGACCGUGGCUGCCUUCCUAGAACCAACUUCUUCUAGAGGUCUCUUCUGCUGCUCACCAAGUGUUCAUGUAAUAAACAGACACCGGCUCUUUUUGAGUGCAGCCUGAAAAGCGAAGAUUCAUCUAUUUUGUCCGUUGUGAGUUUCCAUACUACGGACUCCGGAAGCACAGCUGCAGUCCCUAAACAAUCAACAUGGGUUGAUGUUGGAGAAUGUCAUCAAGAGGCGUAGUCCUCCGUUUGCAAGUCUAAAGAAGGUGACUGGACAAAACUGAUUGUUAGAGGCUUCAGCUACAUUUAGAUAAGUUGAUUUCUAGUCAGCCAUGGAUCGGGAGGAGGAUGAAGAGGAGCUGACUGUCGAUGCACCUAAAGAGGUGGACAUGUUUACAUCAGUGCGUUGCCUUGGUUACCUCUCCAGCAUCAACCUCCUUGUGGCAGUGUGCGUUGGCAUGUACGUGCGAUGGGAGGUGACAAACGAACCCAUGAUCCUGGUCAUCUUCAUCUUGGGCCUCUUUGUUCUGGGAAUUGCCAGCAUCCUCCAUUACUACUUUGCUAUGGAGAAAGCCAGCCAGAGCUUGUUCCGUUUGUGGUUUGGCUUCCUGCUUGGCCUCCUGUGCUUCCUCAACAGCCCUGACUUGGAUUUAAAUGUCAAAGAACUGGUCGCCAACUAUCUCCUCCUAGCCAGUGUAAUUAUGAAGGCAGUGUGGGCUGUAACUGAGCGAAUAUGCAGCUCCAUUUAUUACAAACCCACCUUGCUGACAUCAGCUGAGUUGCUGGAGCUCUUGGGAUUUGGCAUUGCCAGCACUGCCAGGGUUCUUCACCAUUCAGUGGCCAUAAUAGGCUUGGUAGUGGCCCUGGGGGCUCUCAUUGUGGACUUGAGGAUGAAAUCCCUCCUCGCUUUACCUAACCUCAUCAGUUUUGCCUUGGUCACGUCUCUCGUGUUUUUCCAGGCCUUGGGCAUCAUGGCCAACCCUUAUGCUUUAGGCUGCUACCUGGGCAGGCUGCUCUGUGAGCCUGUGCUGGAUUUGUACUUCAGUGGGCUGGGGCCUAGUCAGCGCUGGAUGCCAGUGCUCUCUCUAGGGAGGGUAUGGAGAAGACUGUCCCUGUUUCCCCUGAGUCUGACUGAGCUUGCUUUCUUUGUCCUGGCUGCCUUAAAGCUUGGCCACUUGGAUCUGUGGUAUCUGGUCAUCCCAGGCUUCUGCCUGUUUGGCCUUUUCUGGUCUAUCUGCCACAUAAUUUUGCUGAUCACAAUUUGGGGCUUCCACACCAAGUUGAGUGAGUGUCAGAAGGCCUGGCGAGCCCAGCGGUCCAGCAGCCGGAGCCUGGAGCAGGUCAUGGCCUCCAGGGGCAUCCGACACUUCUGCCUCAUUUCAGAACGCCUGGUGUUCUUCAGUCUGCUCUCAACAGUCAUACUAGCAGCUGUGUCCUGGCAGCCCUCCAACGGUCUCUUUCUCAGCGCUCUGAUGGUGGUGCUGCCUUUGGAGUCUCUGGCCCACAGCCUGUUCCAUGAGCUGGGCAGCUGCCUAGGGGGAACCUGUGUUGGCUACGCCCUGGUUAUACCGACCUCUUACUGCAGUGCUGGUGGCCAACCCACUCUCCUGGCUCCUGAGCUGGUGCAGCAGUUGAAUCUCCGUUCUACAGGUAUGCUGAACAACAUGCAGCGCCUCUUCUCCCACCACAUGAUCCAGACGUUCGGCUGCGACUACUCCACCAGCGGCGUCACCCUGGAGGCCGUACAAACCAAACUGCGCAACUUUCUGGAGCUCCGUACAGCAGACGGGCCCCGUCAUGACACCUAUCUGAUUUUCUACAGCGGGCACACGCAGAAAGGCUCUGGGGCUUGGGUUCUGGCUGGAGGUGAGUAUUUCCACUUCACCCAGCUUCUGGAGCUGUGGAAAGAGAAGAACGCCGGCCACUGCUCCCGUCUCAUCCUUGUCCUGGACACCGAAAACUCCCUCCCCUGGGUCAAAGAAAUCCGCAGGGUGGAGGGCGUCUACGUAGCCGUGCAGGGGGCCGAGCUGUCGGCCGUCAUGGUGGACCCCGAGGCUGGAGAUACUCCUUUGCUUGGGGACUUCACUUCUGAAUGGGUGGAGUUUAACUGCAACCCAGCCAGCGAGACCCAGUGGUCUGAAAAGGGAAGGACUGUGACGGCCGUCUAUGGCGUGUCCAAACGCUGGAGCGACUACACGCUUCACCUACCGACCGGAAGCGACAUCGCCAAGCACUGGAAGACCCACUUCCCCAAGGCUACAUAUCCCAUGGUGCACCUGUCCAACUGGUGCUGCGGCCUCAACUUGUUCUGGUUCUGUAGCAUGUGUCUGCGCUGCUUCAGGAGGUGUAAACUGGCCUGGUUCCCUCCAGCCGUGUUGGACACCGGUCAGGGCAUUAAACUGGUGCACUCGUAGAUAACAUGGGAGGUUGCUGUAGAAGUUGUGACAUAGCAGCUAGAGUUUGGUAGGUACAAGGUGUUUACAUUACAGAUAGCUAUACUUCUAUACCUACUACAUCUACUGUAUGCACAUGAGGGAUGCUCAGAGCGUCAUGUUUUCUCCUGACUCGUGACUGUUAUGCUUGCACAUGUUCCACGUACUCGACAAACGUAUUUGAAAUUUUUGGUUGCCCCUGUAUACACGCAAAGACACAAAAUUAGAGUAAAAAGGCAGCAAGUUUGGCCUUCAGUCAGCAAGAACUCCUUAAGUUUUGGUUUGCAUGAUGUUUAAAUGCUUUAAUGCAAGACAUUAUGUGGAGUAUAUGACAGAGAAGCACUAGCUCAACACUAUCUGUUGCCCAGAAUGAAAUUGUGAAGCAAAUUCAGCCUAAAAUAAGACAUGUAUAUGCACACACACAUGUGAAGGAUUUUUUUUUAAAAGACCAGAACUUUUUUCAUAGGGAACCUGGGAAAAAUGUAUUAUGUAUUUGUGGCUUUUAUUUUUUUUAUGGUUUAAUUGUGUCAGACCAAAAAAUAUUACAUCAAGUGUCUCAAUUUCUGUGGGAAGGUUUCCAGAUUAUCUGUUGUCGAAUUGUGCCAUUUUCUCGAUUACAUUAGUGCCUUAAAGAUGGAUCAUCUUUAAUAUGGAUGUUUAAUUAUUUGUAUGUACCAACCAUAUAUUAUAUCUAUCUUUGCCUUGCCUCUUAUCAGAGGAUUUAGCAGGUGUCCUUUACUUAAACUGUGAGGCUUCCGACAGAACGGACAUAAACGACCGCUGUGAGGCUGAACUCGGCGACCUCUCUGGUUGUGGGAAAGUCAAACCACGAGGCCGACCUGCCGCGUUUCGUUGUGGGAUCCUUUACUUGUCACGUUCAAAGUAUUCAAAUAUGCACAUAUUUCUGCACUGAACAAAGAAAUAUGCAUUGGCUAUGAGGCUGCAUAUCAUCACCAGACGCUGGCCCUGUCUCAUCCGGUUUAUUUACAGGAAUUAAUUCAAGUUGAAAAAGCCGUUUGCUUUGUACAAACAGUGCGGUCAAGUUUUCGAGCAGUUUGUCUUUGCGGUGAAAGAGUAGCUUGUCAUGCAAAGCAGCAAAUUAUAAAAUGUCCCUCUUUUCUUUUUUGCACUGAAUUUACAAACGCCUCUGUUGUUUUGUAUCUCUCUCUUUCACACAUUCCUAAAUUCUGGAGUGAAUUGCUGCCUUUUAAGAAUUUGUUUCUGAAGAGGUCAAGUUGCAUUAUUGGCUUGUACAAUUCCAUGUGCCUCAAUUGUCUUAAAAUAUCAGAGUUAAAGUUGGAUAAUAAACUGAUUAAAACAA